AUAAAAGUAUUCAUGUAAUGAACUUAUGAAGUAAGGAAUAAUUAUUUAUUUCUUUUGGUCGUCAAUCCAAUCUCUAAUUUUUAUAUCCGCUUUCAGUAAUUCUUCUUCAAUUGGAAACUUGGCUUCCAAGUAUGGAUCACCCACCAACUUCAUUUUCCGGCCGCAGGCGCUCUUCCGUGAUCGACCCCAACGCUCCUCCGUCGAUAACAUCAUCAGCUUCACCAACACCUCGGAGGUCCUCCGCAUGGGAUACUACUCCGAUGCAAUCCAUCGCUCCUACGGCUUCCGACAUCUCCAGCAGGCGAGCGUCGGAAGCCACUGAAGCUUCUUCUAAUUCCGACGCUGUAAACAUUGCAGCCCGAAAGGCUUCGGCUUGGGAUGAUGAAGAUAGUACCGCUUCUAUGAGCGGUACUACUCGAGGUUCGAUAUCAGAUAUUGCUGGGCGCAGAGCUACCGCUUUGGACCGGCCACCUUGGGAUGUGUUUUCCGGGGCUCCGCUGGGAAAUGAGGGGUCCACCUGGGGUUGGAUGUCUGAGAUUCUUGCCAUGACUUCUGGUACAGGACUACCUCCUAGUGGUGUCGGUCCUACUUCAGAGAGAAUCCGAGUAUAUUAUACUGGUAAUGUCAACUACAUCCUCGAAACCCACAACGAGCAGAGUCUGGCUAUUGCUAAUGUUGAGGCUAUAAUGUACGCCUAUGGAAUUGAUAAGGCCUGUGCUAAAGACAUCUUGAGCAAAGUUGACCCCCGAAAAAGUGGGAUAUUCAACGUUAACUCUCAAACCAAGCAAAUUCUAGUUUCCUCAACCAUCAACUUCUCUCCGCCAAAGGAGCCACUUAGUAAUCUUAGGCAAGCUAGCAAGUGCUUUCGCAAAAACUUGCUCUCACCACUCCAUUUUGCUGCCUACAUUCUCGACGUCUUGAAAGGAAGAUACAUAGGAAAUGAUCCCCGAUUCAUGAUCCUUGGAAUGUAUAGCAUAUUUGGAGUUUUGGAGGGUUCGACGAAGCGUGAUUUUACCACCAAAGACGUGGAGAAGUUUGCAGGACUAUGGAAAGUAAAUAAUUCAGACCAAGUACAAGACCUUAUAAAUAUGAUCAAAGAUGAUCACAAUGGAUCUAUUUCCUGUUUGGACUUUUACAAUUUACUGUACCGUCGAAACAUAUUUGGAAAGCAACGAAUCGAAAUGUUUGAUACUCAAGGGCAUCAAAACCCAUCAAUGUUCUUCCCUCUAAUGGACAAAGACGAAGAUGGAUUCCUCUCCUCUAUGGAUCUCCGUAGUUUCGCUGCCAUCUUUGGCCGAUACCCAUCAGAUGAAGCGGUUGAUCGUGUGAUCCGCAAGCUUGAUGUUGAUGGUGAUGGUAAGAUCAGCUUGGAGGAUUUUCGUGGGGCAAUGGGGCCUAAUUUAGAUGGGAUGGCAUGGGAAUUUUGGUUGGUUGCUAUCUUGCUUACUUUUGAGCUGUAGUUACUUUAAUUUCUUUCACAUGGCAAGAAAGUUGAGAAUAAGUUCUUUGUCCUAGUAUCGCAUUUGUUAGUAGGUUAAUCGAUCUUUUGUUCUCGUGUGUUCGAUAUUAAUCUUCUCGGAGAAGAAAGAACAGAGAAUAAGAUACAUCUUAUGGAUUCCGAUAAUAUAAAUGUUUUAAGAAUUGAAUA